AUGCCCAGCGUCCCCAUGCCGCGCCCAGCGAGCACGCUGCCGGGAAAAUUUUCAGGCGACGGCGUGCGCGGAGGGGAGGGCAGGGCGGUGGAUGACGCGCUCUGGACCAAGCCCAUCGUAGACCUGAGCAAGCUCAAGAACUCGUCGCUGCGGCGGUACGUGAAGCUGUACCACGUGCGCGGCGUGUGGCUGUGCAGCGGAAAGGACGAACUGUGCCGGGUGGUGACGGCGCACUUCGCGCAGAUGCCGGUGGACGAGAGGUCGGUGAUCCUGAGGCUGAGGGAGAGGCUCAGGGCCAACAGGAAGCGGCCGGGCAAGCAGUAG